GCUGUGCGGAAACGGGGCUUCACCACCAAGGUGCAAGCAUGUCUUUGCAAAAACUAAUGGUCUAUGUGUCGACGGUGUCCUUGUUUUGCUUUAUGAUAGGGGUCAAUCUCUUGGUCCGGAUUAUGCAUUUUAUUUCACCAAGCCUCACCAAGAAGAUUAUCCUCAAAAUGGGUGAAAAGACCACCAUGACCCAGAAUCCCAACUUUAAGUAUGAGGAUUGGGGUCUGACAUUUACCUCAAUUAACUUUAUCAAAACUGCCUCCCAUCACAUGUGGUUAUCUCUGGGACAAGAAGCCUUUGUUGGAAUGAAAGCUCCAGACUCACCUGUGGUCAACAUGGAAGGAAAGAAAACAAGUAUCUGCCAGUACUUGAAAGGCAACAGACCACUGGUGCUGAGUUUUGGAAGCUGCACCUGACCCCCGUUUGUCUACAAACUUGAGGAGUUCAAGCAACUCGUCAAGGACUUCAGCGAUGUAGCUGACUUUCUUGUAGUGUACAUGGCUGAAGCACAUUCAACAGACGGUUGGGCCUUCACCAACAACUUCGACAUCAACCAGCAUCGGACCCUGGAGGACAGGCUGUCUGCAGCACAGAUCCUGGUUCAAAAAGAGCCCCUGUGUCCAGUGGUUGUGGAUGACAUGAAUAACAUGUCCGCCAUAAAGUAUGGCGCUCUGCCCGAGAGGCUUUACGUGCUGCAGGCUGGGAAAGUUGUCUAUAAGGGGAUGAUGGGGCCUUGGGGCUACGAUCCACUGGAGGUGCGUCAGUUCCUUGACAAGAUUAGAUAAGAAGGUUGUUUAACUCUGACUUUAAGUCAAACCAUGUAUUUUCCAUCCAGUCUCAGAUUGAGGGGUCUGUGUGUUCAGUGGGGGAGGGGGUGUCAACAUUGUAAACAAAGUACUGAUAUAACACAACAAUUAAAUCAAUACACUGCAACGUCUACACGUAGUUCUAUAGCUGCUCUUUGGCAUCUCUUACAUAACUGCUCCAAUCUUGCAUUAAUAUUGCCUUCAGGCUCUCCUGUACUUUAUGAAAAAAUAUCUCACUCUCAAUCUCUGACCCUGAACACACCUCUCUGUGUUUCUUGGUGACGGCUACAGAUCAAACCGUUGGCUUCUGUAGCCAGAUGAAGUGAAACAGGGAGAGAAAGUUCAGUGGCAGGUUUGUGUUUGCGGAAUCACGUGAUGUACAGAAGAUGCCACCAUAGUCGUCUUAACUGUAAAGGUUAAGACCUUCACCUUUAAGUCAAUGAAGGCUCUUGUUUUACACCUCUCUUGCAGGUUCAGUUAUCUUUAAGUGUACCAUCAGCAUUUUAAUCUGUGUUAAUCACUAAGGGAUUCUAUUGUUUAUGGAUUGUCUAUAUGAGGAGGCUGCUUUUUACAUGAUGGGUACAGUGCAAACCUCUGGGAACUGUAAUCUGAUUAAAAGAUGACCUAAAAGUAGGCCUUCUCUGAAUUACGUAGCAUUUAUGAUUUGACACCAUGAAUCUAAUGUGUAAUAAACAUCUCUAUCAACUAUCUGCAUUUCUUUUAAUGUUCACAAUACAAUUAGUUUUGAAUGUUGACAUUAUAGUAUAAUAAAAAACAACCUGGAAAGA